AGUUGUCUCGCAUUGAAUCAUCUUCUCGAGGCGCAAGGCAUUCUAAUUCUUAACAAUACUUCAACCAAUACUGUCUUAUUGACAUCGAUUAGUAGUACAAACAUUGGCGUUUUAAUUUUUGAUAAACGAGUGAACGAGAACGCAUUUUUGAUAGCAGCAACGCAAUCCCAAGCACGUGUGAUUCAUAAUGGUUAAGAUGGUGCGUGGUAGAGGCGGGAUAAUUAGAGGCAGAGGAAUGGGUCGUGGAAUGGGUUAUCUUCCUAAGCGGAUAUUCAUGCCUCGUCAUCCAUUCGAUUUAACCUUAUGUGACGGUGCUUUUCCCAGAGUAAAGCCAGCACCCGACGAAGCAGAUUUCACCGCCGCAUUACUCAAAAAGAAUUCAGACAUGUGUCCAACGCCAAAAGAACAAACCUCUAUUGUUAAUUUAGUUGCCAAACUACAGACUGUGUUAGAUAAUUUAAUUGUUGCACCCGGUACAUUUGAAGCUUGCCAAUUGGAAGAAGUGCGUCAAGUAGGUAGUUUCAAAAUGGGAACAAUGAUCAAAGGCCAUAAUGUUGCAGAUAUUGUUGUCAUUCUUAAGACAUUACCAACAAAGACGGCCGUUGAAGCACUUGGUAACAAAGUUCAAUUGGACUUGAAGGUACAAAGUCCAAAAGAAACUUUUAGAUUAACUCAAACAGAACGAGGAUUGGAUAUAACGAGUAACGAGGCGACAGUUCGCGUUUUAAUAACAACGCUUCAUCAGAAUCUACGGAAAUUAGAGCCUGAUCAACAUUUAGAUAUUAAGAUAUGCCAAGGUCAUUUAGCAGCGAUUAGACAUUCGCGUUGGUUCGAAGAAAAUGCUCACCAUUCCAGUAUCAAAGUUUUAAUACGCUUAUUAAGAGAUUUAAGAACAAGAUUCGAAGGACUAGAACCGCUAUCGCCUUGGAUGCUAAAUGUCUUAGCUCAUAAUGCUAUAAUGAAUAAUCCAAGCAGGCAAGCUUUACCAAUCAAUCAGGCUUAUAAAAGAGUACUUCAACUUCUUUCAUCGGGACUCUUCCUUCCAGGAUCAGCGGGUAUAUCGGAUCCUUGCGAAGGUGGUAGUAUUCGUGUUCAUACAUCCAUGAGCUUAGAGCAACAGGACUUAGUUUGUUUAACAGCUCAGACUUUGCUACGAGUCCUUGCACAUGGAGGAUAUAGGCCAUUACUGGAAGGCGGAAACAAAUUAGCGGUUGAAAUGAGUGUCUGGUCAGGUGGUGUUGUCGCGAGUCCGUUAGAAAAAGCGUAUGAGCCACCGACGGAACAGGAACAACAAGAGGAUAUGGAUGAAAGUAACGAAGAAAUGAUUGCUGAGAGUGCUUUCCCAUCUGGCAUGCAAACACAGACUUUAUAUUGAUCCUGAACAUCAUUCGACGGACUUGGUAGAAAAGCUGAUGCU